UCUGUCCUGGUAAUGCAUUGUUAUCGAUUGCAACUUCAUAAUCGUCCGUUCAAACUGCUUUGCACUUGACCUUUGACCUUUGAUAUUGCAAAUCAAAAUUUCAAUUCAUCCCAUUCAGCCUAAGGGUUCUUAGCAGCCUUGGAUGGAAACUUAUCCCAAUCCUCUCGUUCAAAACUGGAAACUGGGUUGAUUCCUAAGCUUUUCUCCUGAAACAUAAGACUGAAGUUCAGCUAAAAAGUAAUGCCCUCUCCAAGUUUACGCACUGUGAUCAGUUGAUGCAAGAUGGCAGUUGAGGUGGGCUACUAAGAUGCUGUGGAAGUGUUGACAUGGGGUUCUCAAUUUUCAUGUGUGGAGAGCAGUGAGGUGGGGCCAAAGCAGUGGGGUCGUAAGCUCGAUCCCAGCCUCACUGAGAAGUUGCAGACUGCUGCACUGUGAACUGUCGGCGGAGGAUCAGACAGCAUGUCAGCGGGCGCCGGUCGCGGCGGCUCGUUAGAGUCGCAGGACAGCACGGCCAGCAGGUCGUCUGACGAGCCCAGUGAGGACGCGCUGGCGGCCGCGCUGGCCGCCGGUACCGCCCAGCUGCUGGACGACGCCGACCUGCCCACCUCGAUCCACGUGACCAACCUGCCGCUGCCCGUGUUCGAGGACCCGGCGCAGAAGGCUGUGUUCGAGGACACGUUCGGCGCCUUCGACGACGAGGCGUGGUUCCAGUACUUUCCCAGCUUCCGGCGUGCACGGGUCAACUACAGCAGCGCCAAGGCGGCCGCCAGCGCCCGGGUUCACCUGCACGAAACGACGCUCUGCGACGCCGUCAUCAAAUGCUACUUCAUACAGACGCCGUCGUCCCGGGAUGGCUCGGAUGACGGCACGCUGCGGCCGCCACUGCCGGACAAACAGUUUCUCAUCUCACCGCCGGCGUCACCGCCCGUCGGCUGGGAGCCCGUCAGGGAGGCGGAGCCCAUCGUCAACUUUGACCUGCUCUCGGCUGUCGCGCAGAUGGCGCCAGGCGAGUCACAUGAGCUGCACGCCGGCCGCGACGAGCACCCGUCGAUUGUGGUUCACGUUGCCGAGGAGACGGACGCCGACCGGGACCAGCCGUCCGGACAGAAGGGCAUGCGCAUUACCCAGACCCGGUGCCCGUCGCGGUAGGCGGCUGCGGCGGCGGCUUGUCGGCGCUCUGCAGGGAGAUAAGAGGUGGCAAAGGAUGAUCACAGAGGCUGCCCGAGGAGGUUUGUCAUUGUGACGUACGGCAGCUGAGCUUCAGGAGAUUGGCGUUCUUGGAGGCACCAAAUGGUGCCCGGGCCUUAGGGUCAUCGCGUCAAAUAAUGCUGACCGUACGUAAACGAUCAAUCGAGGGAAGAGGGUUUUCAUAAACCAAUGUUAAACCCUAUUUGAUGGGAGUUACUAUUUAUGUGCCGAGUAUUCUGAGCAUUGCAGGCGUUCAUAAAACAAGUAACUGCCAUACGUUUACUUUUGGACUAGUUAUUAUGGAGUGCAUCUAACAAGCUGGCGGUUUGUCUAACAUAAUUAAUCCUCGGGAUUUGCGAACUUUGCCACCACGUCACAUUAACAAAUUAACUGGCUGCUGAUUACUUAUGACUUUCAUAAUUUACGAUCAUGAGAUGACGAAUGCAAUGCUUAAUUUUUAUAAAUACCUGGCUAAAUUAAGUUAAGCCGGACAGCGGCCCCGAUGGAAAUCGAAAUUCUAGGAGGUAAACGCACGUCGUAAUGUUCAAUUGGCAGGAAAAGUUCCGCUAAGUUUUCUAAAAAGAUCUGCUAGGUUUUACAAAACGGUCACAAAUAUCUGUGAAAUUUGAAAGAAAAUACGCCUAAGCUCCGUUCUACUCUGUAUUCUGCCACCCUGAACCGUGUUUGGUUUUUCCAGACGUGCGCAGUGCAUGUUGUUAGUGAGAAUGACACUGACCUGGGGGAUAUGGUCAGGCUCGUACUGUCCUCUGUAGCAUGCGACCAUGGGAGAAUCUGUGGGGCUAUCGAAUGUCGAAUCGACGCGGUAAAAGACAUACGAUAGGUGUCUGGUGUUGCGGCCGGACAAACUAGGAUAGUCACCGUUCGAGAUCGCCGACCAUAAUCCAAUGACUGUGUGUUGCGAACUGUGCGCUGUUACUGUUCAGUGUUCGGACUGAACACUGGUACUGCGAUGUGAUGACAUACCAAAUGACGGCCGGCGACGCUCGGUGUUUUAACUGGAGCCAAACGUGAGAUAUCAGUCCACUGCUGGCGACUGGCUGUAGUUGUUUACGCUGCGCUGCGGCGAUAUGUAAUACCUGGAGCGCUGAACUACGUGCAAUGUCGGCAGAUGCUUAUCGAAGGCGGGCGGCGCGCUAUUUAUGUUCUGUGUAAUUAGUUAGGUGGCGCCUGUUAGUAUGCCGCAGGUGUCUGCAGAUGAAGUCUCGGUCGCCGGCGGUCAACCUACGCUUACUCGACCUCUGUCGUCAUGUGUUCCGCCCUCUGCCUAGUCUGUAGCUCUCUUCCGCCAGGUGUUAUGGUUACAGACGUGUUAGUUUAUUACAGAUGUCACUAUAAUUACAGUGUUGCUAGUUUGA